AUGGCAGCAUACCGUGUUUAUCAACAGUCUUUGAGCUAUUCUGUUUAUAGCCUUCUAGCCUAUAUUUAUACAGCCAUUAGUCAGUCAUAUCAACAGGUCUUUCUGGUUCAUAAUGAAGUUCAAAAUAAAGAUGCUAAUAGUCAUUUUCGGGAUGCUCAAUUCAAGCGCAGAGAAGCCCUAUUGAAUAGGCGCUCUAGGUCUGUAUCUAAUGAUAUUAAGGAUUUCUUUGAUAUUCCUUCUAGUUUUACUGAUUCUUUUGCCAAGAUCUGGUUCAGAUCUGCCUACUACUAUGAUAAGUAUGUUGUUCAUUUCCUUGAUAUCAUUACUUCUUCGCCAUACAUCUACACCCCGAAUGGAUACAUAGCAGAAGAUAUGGAAUCUCAUAUCCAAGAACAAAGAGGGAUGCAGGCAACGUUGACUCCUAUACUUGGCGUGGAUCCCACUUAUGAGGACCCUCAAGAAUUGCCCACAACUAAAGAAUUCUACCCUAAACCUUACAUAUUAAGCCAACGAUCUGCUGGUAAGAUACACCCUACUGAUCAUUUGGUUUCGCAAAAUGUGUUUGGUGAGCUGUCAAAGCCAAGCUCGCCGAUUAAGCCUGCCCUUACUGAGUUGUUUGAUAUUCCAGAUAAAUCAGUAGUCGUAUCUGCUAUACCGAUCAAAGCUCCCGAAGUUAUCUCUGAUUCAUCUAAGCCAGUAGUGAAGCAUUCCGCGUCAGCAGAGCAUUCUGCGUCAGCAAAGCACUCUGCCUCUGCCUCGACAUCUGUUUCCAGAGCUGUGACUCAGCAUAAAUCUGCAACACCUUCCCAAGAGGAACCCCCAGUGAGCAAAAGCAUUUUCUACAAGAUCAAGAUCAGAAGAAAGAAUAAGCAGACAAGCCAUCCUACCUACGGGAAUUACGACUUAGUUCGUCGGAGAAUUAAAGACUGUCUUAUUCAGCCUUCAUACCAGCCGGAUGGAAAUAUUGGACCUAAUAUGGUCAGAUUUACCUGGCACUGUUGUGCACACUACGAUCAACAAUCCGGUACUGGUGGCUGCAGUGGAGGUACUCUGAGAUUUGCCCAAGAGUUCAAUGACAUUGGUAAUACCGGACUUAAUACUGCCAAGUCCUACCUUGACCAAAUCCAUGAAGAAUUCCCUUGGAUGAGUUUUGCAGAUUUAUACACUUUGGGAGGUGUAGUCGCCAUAGAAGGGCUUGCAGGCCCAAAAAUUGAGUGGAAACCAGGACGAACUGACUGCCCUGAUUCCAAGAAAGUUCCCCCAAUGGGAAGGCUCCCUUUCGCUACUUUGGGAUCAGAUCAUGUCAGGGAAGUCUUCACCAACAGGCUGGGAUUUACCGAUAAAGAGACCGUGGCCCUUAUCGGAGGUGGGCACACUUUAGGAGGCUGUCAUGCCAGAUUCAGUGGAUUCCACGGGAUAUGGACAAAGAAUCCCUUUAAGUUUGAUAACGAAUUUUUCAAAGUCCUUUUGGAAGAUAAAUGGUCCAUUGGAACUGUACCACAAUCAGGAGUUGAUCAAUAUUAUAACGAGGAUAAAAGUCUCAUGAUGCUUAAUACAGAUAUGGAAAUGAUGAGAGAUCCCGAAUUCAAAAAAUGGACCCUGAUUUUUGCGGAAGACGAGCAGUUCUUCUUCGCACAAUUUGCUAUAGCAUACGCAAAGCUUAUUGAAUUGGGGGUCAUUCGUGAUGAGGAUGGAAUCCAGAGGGUGAAAUUAUAG